CCUAGACAGCCCCUUUGUUUAAAAAAAAAUAAUUACAGAAAUAGCACUGUAGUGCGUGGCUUCAUCUCGGACAAAACGAGCGCCCGAACAAGACGCCGCGGUUAUAUAAGCGGCCACCGGCUCCCUCGCUCCCCUUCCCGCCACGCACAGCAAGAAACCAGCGCGUCCUCCCACUGCGCACGGCGCGCCAUCGCCACCCCUGUCCAUCUCCUCGCCGCCCCCUCCCCUCUCUCGAUCGCCGGCUUGCCAUGACGACGACGACGACGCGCCCGCGCGCCGCGGCGGCGGCCUUCCUGCUGGUCCUCCUCACCUCCGCCGCCGUGUCCCUGGCCACGGCCGCCGCCGCCGGGCACGGCCAGCAGCAGGCCAGCGUGUACAUGGUGAUGGUGAAGCCCCCCACCCAGGGCGUCGACUGCGAGGCCUACCAGAUGGGCAUCCUCGCCAGCGCGGUCGGCAGCGAGGCGAGAGCCAAAGCGGCGCUGGUCUACAGCUACAAGACGGUCGUCAGCGGGUUCGCCGCCAAGCUCACGCCGGCGCAGGCCGACGAGUUGCAGAAGCAUCCUGACGUUCUCCAGGUGCUGCCUGACAUGAAGUACACCCUUCAGAGCGACAGCAACCACCUCAACUGAGUGCAUUUCAGCCCUUCAAAGAAGACAAUUAAGAUACUUAGUUCAGUUCAGUUCUGCGAUCUGCUUCGUUCACCAUGUAUUACCACCUCAUGUUUACGCGCGCGCACUCCCUAGGUGUCUGAUAGUAGGGCAAGUGUUACACCACCAGAGAAUUUGGUGUCGUUGUUAUACGAUCUUCACUAUACAUGCACGCCAAAGUAUACGUCU